UAUUUAAAGUCGCAAAAUAAAAAAAAUGAUUUCACUUAUGAUAUUAAUGGCCGCUCCCAUGGGCUUGAAUGUCGAUUUUCUUAAAAUUUUGUUCCUGGAUACAGAGUGAAGCAGAAUGCGGCAUAUAUUGAAAAAAUAUUGGUUAUUAUCUCAGUAUAGCAACCAUCAGGUUCCUGCCAGAUGUCUGUGUACCAAACCAGCUGCAAAAGAUGUGACACACGUUCUAGGUAAAGACUACCCAGUAGACAGCUGGACUAACAUUACACCAUCGAUCAUCGGAAAGCUAGGAACCAACCUUCAUACCAAGAAACAUCAUCCUCUUGGGCUUAUUAAACUUCAGAUACAGAAUUACUUUUACAAGAAUUAUUUAAAGAGAAGUGGGAAUCCUAUAUUUUCGGUUUAUGAUAGCAUAAGCCCAGUUGUGACUCUGGAGCAAAAUUAUGAUAAUUUAUUGGUCCCCAAAGACCAUCCAAGCCGUAAGCCGUCAGACUGUUACUAUAUCAAUUCUAAUUAUUUGUUAAGAGCCCACACAACGGCUCAUCAGAGGGAUCUGAUAUCAAGUGGACUGGAUAGUUUUCUAAUUGCAGGAGAUGUAUAUCGGAGAGAUACAAUAGAUUCAACACAUUACCCGGCGUUUCACCAGAUAGAUGGAGUUAGACUAUUCUCAAAACAUGAGCUGUUUCCAAAUGAAGAAGAUCACAGCUCAUUGCAUUUGUUUGAGAAUGGUUCUGAGACAAGUUUGAAACAAGGUGAACAUACGCUGGAAGCUGCUCUGGUUGUUGCUAAUCAACUAAAGAAUGACUUACAAAAUCUAGCCAAGUCUCUGUUUGGACAAGAUAUUGAGUACCGUUGGAUUGAAGAAUACUUCCCCUUUACACAUCCAUCAUGGGAAUUAGAAAUUAUGUAUGAAGGCAAGUGGAUGGAAGUUUUAGGGUGUGGGGUCAUACGUCAAGAGAUUCUGCAGAAAGCUGGAGCUGUAGAUAAGAUUGGUUGGGCAUUUGGUAUGGGACUGGAGCGGCUAGCUAUGAAGUUAUACAAUAUACCGGACAUUCGGUUAUUCUGGAGCUCAGAUCAAAGAUUUCUGAAUCAGUUUAUUGUUGAUGAUCCGAGUACAAAAAUAACAUUCAAGCCAUUUAGUAAACACCCUGAGGUGAUAAAUGAUAUAUCAUUCUGGAUACCAAGUGAUUAUGAGGAGAACAAUUUUUAUGACUUGGUGCGUUCUAUUGGUGGUGAUCUUAUAGAGAAUGUAGAACUUGUUGACAAAUUUGAAAAUAAGAAAAAGGGGAAAACAAGUCAUUGUUAUAGACUAAGAUAUAGACAUAUGGAGAAAGCCCUAACACAAGAAGAGGUCAAUGCAGUGCAUGCUAAAAUAGAACAGGAUGUACAAAGUAUUCUCGGAGUGGAAGUCAGAUGAAAUACAAUGUACAUGAAAAAGAAAUCUAAGAUUGAACUAUUUGUUAAUU